UGCUGAUUUUACUUGUGAAAUUAUUUUGGUUAUUUUGUGUUUAUAUAGUGAACAAAUAUAAUAAAACUUGUUUAUUGCCGACUAGAAGUGCAUCUGCACUAAAACCAAGUCGAAAUCAUGAUGUACGAAAACGAAGAAGAACUGUACGAAGAGGAGAAUGCGGAGGAGAUCUCACACGAACUGUGGCAAGAGGCUUGCUGGAUCGUGAUCAACGCGUACUUCGACGAAAAAGGCUUAGUGCGUCAGCAGCUGGACAGUUUUGACGAGUUCAUCCAAAUGUCUGUGCAGCGGAUUGUGGAGGACUCGCCGGCUAUUGAGUUGCAGGCCGAGGCGCAACAUACAUCGGGUGAAGUGGAGACGCCGCCUCGCUUCUCGCUGAAAUUCGAACAGAUUUACUUAUCUAAGCCCACGCAUUGGGAGAAGGACGGUUCACCGAGUCCUAUGAUGCCCAAUGAGGCGCGCCUGCGUAAUCUUACUUACUCGGCGCCGCUAUAUGUGGACAUUACGAAAACGAAGAAUGUUGAGGGCGCGGACCCUGUUGAGACUCAGCAUCAGAAGACUUUCAUUGGAAAAAUUCCCAUUAUGUUGCGUUCCACAUAUUGUCUGCUGUCCCAGCUAACAGAUCGUGAUUUGACGGAGUUAAACGAGUGCCCGCUUGAUCCGGGUGGCUAUUUUAUUAUCAACGGCUCGGAGAAAGUGCUGAUUGCCCAAGAGAAAAUGGCCACGAACACUGUGUAUGUGUUCAGCAUGAAGGAUGGUAAGUAUGCCUUCAAGACCGAAAUUCGCUCUUGCCUGGAGCACAGCUCGCGUCCCACAUCAACGCUUUGGGUAAACAUGAUGGCGCGUGGCUCGCAGAACAUUAAAAAGUCUGCUAUCGGCCAGCGCAUCAUAGCAAUCCUGCCGUACAUCAAACAGGAGAUACCUAUCAUGAUUGUGUUUCGCGCUUUGGGUUUUGUGGCCGAUCGUGACAUUUUGGAGCACAUUAUCUACGAUUUUGAUGAUCCGGAAAUGAUGGAAAUGGUUAAACCUUCAUUGGACGAGGCGUUCGUCGUGCAGGAGCAAAAUGUGGCGUUAAAUUUUAUAGGAGCACGUGGUGCACGGCCCGGUGUGACAAAGGACAAGCGUAUUAAGUACGCCAAGGAAAUUCUGCAGAAGGAAAUGUUGCCACAUGUAGGCGUCUCCGAUUUCUGUGAGACCAAGAAGGCUUACUUUUUGGGUUACAUGGUGCAUCGGCUUCUGUUGGCCUCGUUGGGUCGUCGCGAGCUCGAUGAUCGGGAUCAUUAUGGUAACAAACGUUUGGAUCUCGCUGGUCCGUUGCUGGCUUUCCUGUUCCGCGGCCUAUUCAAGAACCUGAUGAAGGAAGUGCGCAUGUACACACAGAAAUUUAUUGAUCGCGGAAAGGACUUUAAUCUGGAGUUGGCUAUCAAGACGAACAUUAUUACAGACGGCCUGCGUUACUCACUGGCCACGGGCAACUGGGGGGAUCAGAAGAAAGCUCAUCAGGCACGCGCUGGCGUCUCUCAGGUGUUGAACCGCCUCACUUUUGCAUCCACCCUCUCACAUUUGCGUCGUGUCAAUUCACCCAUUGGACGCGAUGGCAAGUUAGCUAAGCCACGACAGCUGCACAACACUUUGUGGGGUAUGUUGUGCCCCGCCGAGACUCCCGAAGGCGCUGCUGUCGGUCUGGUGAAAAAUCUGGCGCUGAUGGCUUACAUUUCUGUGGGUUCGCAACCCUCACCAAUUCUGGAGUUCUUGGAGGAGUGGUCCAUGGAAAAUCUUGAAGAAAUUGCACCAUCGGCCAUUGCAGAUGCUACCAAAAUCUUUGUGAAUGGCUGCUGGGUUGGCAUACAUCGCGAUCCCGAGCAGCUGAUGGCCACCCUGCGCAAGCUACGUCGUCAGAUGGACAUUAUUGUGUCGGAGGUGUCAAUGAUUCGCGAUAUUCGCGAUCGUGAGAUUCGUAUUUACACAGAUGCUGGACGCAUUUGUAGGCCGCUGCUCAUAGUGGAGAAUGGAUCGUUGUUGCUAAAGAAGACGCAUGUGGAGAUGUUAAAGGAGCGCGACUAUAACAACUACAGUUGGCAGGUGCUUGUGGCCUCGGGCGUCGUCGAAUACAUUGACACCUUAGAGGAGGAGACAGUCAUGAUUGCCAUGUCGCCGUACGAUUUGAAACAGGACAAGGACUAUGCCUAUUGUACCACAUACACGCAUUGUGAGAUUCACCCGGCCAUGAUUUUGGGAGUAUGCGCCUCUAUUAUACCAUUCCCCGAUCACAACCAGAGUCCGCGUAACACAUAUCAAAGCGCUAUGGGUAAACAGGCUAUGGGUGUCUAUAUAACAAACUUCCACGUGCGCAUGGACACACUUGCGCACGUGUUGUAUUAUCCCAUGAAACCGCUUGUUACUACACGCUCAAUGGAGUACUUGCGCUUCCGAGAGCUACCCGCUGGAAUUAAUUCGAUUGUCGCCAUUUUAUGUUACACUGGCUACAAUCAGGAGGAUUCUGUCAUCUUGAACGCUUCCGCAGUAGAGCGCGGAUUUUUCCGUUCGGUGUUCUAUCGCUCGUAUAAGGAUGCAGAGAACAAAAGGGUUGGCGAUCAGGAAGAGAACUUUGAGAAACCACAUCGUGGCACCUGCCAAGGAAUGCGCAAUGCUCACUAUGACAAAUUGGACGACGAUGGCAUUAUAGCGCCCGGUAUUCGAGUCUCUGGCGAUGAUGUUGUCAUUGGCAAGACCAUUACACUGCCCGAGAACGAUGAUGAAUUAGACAGCACAACAAAACGAUUUGCCAAGCGCGAUGCCUCCACAUUUUUGCGUAACUCUGAGACAGGAAUCGUGGAUCAAGUGAUGCUGACAUUGAACAGUGAGGGCUACAAAUUCUGUAAGAUUCGCGUGCGUUCGGUACGCAUACCACAAAUUGGCGACAAGUUCGCCUCACGUCACGGCCAGAAAGGCACGUGCGGUAUUCAGUAUCGCCAGGAGGACAUGCCCUUCACUUGCGAGGGUCUGGCACCCGACAUCAUCAUUAAUCCCCACGCCAUUCCCUCUCGUAUGACAAUCGGUCACUUGAUCGAGUGUCUGCAGGGCAAGCUGGGCUCCAACAAGGGCGAAAUAGGCGAUGCCACACCCUUCAAUGAUGCCGUCAACGUGCAGAAGAUUUCGACUUUCCUACAGGAGUACGGCUAUCACUUGCGUGGCAAUGAGGUGAUGUACAAUGGUCACACGGGACGAAAGAUUAAUGCCCAGGUAUUUUUGGGCCCCACUUACUAUCAGCGUCUCAAGCACAUGGUGGACGAUAAAAUUCACUCCCGUGCUCGCGGUCCUGUGCAAAUUCUAGUGCGUCAGCCUAUGGAGGGCAGAGCUCGAGACGGUGGUCUACGUUUCGGCGAGAUGGAGCGUGAUUGUCAAAUUUCUCACGGUGCUGCACAAUUUCUUCGUGAGCGUCUCUUUGAGGUCUCUGAUCCGUAUCGUGUGCAUAUUUGCAAUUUUUGCGGUCUGAUUGCCAUUGCCAAUCUGCGGAAUAACACUUUCGAGUGCAAGGGCUGCAAGAAUAAAACGCAAAUCUCACAGGUGCGCCUGCCCUAUGCGGCCAAGCUGCUGUUCCAGGAACUGAUGUCAAUGAACAUUGCGCCGCGUCUAAUGGUGACUUAAAAGGAGAAGACUAGCUAUUUCUUAAUGUAAGCUAAAUGUUUGAAAAGCUAACGCUGAGUGAAUAAUAAAUAAAAUUUUGACAAUUCUGACAACGUA